AAGUUAGAGCAUAAUGAAGUUAUUUAUCAUACUACUUUUCUAAGAAACCAGUUCAGAAUUGCAUUCUCCGUUUCUAAAACUGCAAUUAAUAUUGCCUUAGAAACUAACAGUAAUAAAGAGUUAAUACAAAUAUUAAAGAACUUUAUUAUAGUAAAACAACAAGCUUAUAAAGAUUCAUCAAGAUGCAAUUCUAAUAAUUCAUGUGAUAACACAAAUGAAAAUAAUAUAACAAAUGAAUUGGAUGAAAUAGUUCCUUUACAACAGCAAUUAAUUAAUCAAAUAACAGAUCCUAAAGUAGUUAAAAUAUGUAAUACUCUAUCUAAGAAGAGAAUGAAAAGCUUUACAGAAAUAUUAGAUAAAAGAGUUAAUAAUCAAGAAAUUAAUAAUAGUGAAACAAGUUCACGA